AUGGAAGGGGCAGAAGUUGAAGGAGGAUGCGUGGGUGACGCAAGAGGAGCAGAAGGAGGAAGGGUUGCAGAUGGAGGAGGUGACGAGUUAGGAGGCGCAGAGGUGACGGAGGGAGAUGGAGGGUCGGACAGAGUGGAAGGAGAGGAAGCCAGAGAGGGGGAAGAGGAAGGAGGAGGCGAGGAGGCGAGCGCUGGAGAGGGGAAUGGAUCGAAUUCAGCCCACAUAAGAGGUGGGGAAGGUGGGGCGGAUGGAGAAGUUGCAUCGAAGAAGGUGCUCUAUGAGAGCAGAAAGAAGAGCUCGCAGCAGCAGUGCAUGCAGUGA